AUGUCUGUCUCCACACGGGCACAAAGUGCAAGACGUUAUCUCCAAAAGAUCCUUGGCGCAGACACCCCUUCCGCUGAUACCCCUUCCGCGAACAUGCGAGUCUCCACCCGGACGCGAAUUGCAAGCCGUAAGCGUCGAAAGAUACUUGACGCAGAGACGCCUUCCGCUGAUAUCCCUUCCGCGGACACGCCUUCCACAGACACGCCUUCCGCAGCUGCUCGUGUCCUCGCCGUACCAGAGUUGCUAGAAAUGAUCAUCCUCAACGUCGACUCUCACACCAAGGGACCCUUCAUCACCAGCAACAUCGCUGGUACUAUGCAGCUGUGUCGUCUCGAGAAAGUCAAUUGUGCCUUCCGCGAUACUCUACGAAACAGUCCUAAGCUGAAGUUGUCGAAACAGGAUGUCCAACUCUCAGCAUAUCCGAGCGCACACGCUGCGAUGGUGUGGCUGCUUCGCGAGCUCGGACAUAGCGGCUUCAGCCAGGCGACGUGCGAACAGGAGAACGCCGGCUGCCGCCCGGGCCUUCGCCAGCCCAGACAUAAGUGCAAUGGCAGCGACAUCCAGCUCGAGCACUCACCCAGCUAUUACACAUCUGCUGAUCGCAAACGACGGUUCAAGAAGGCUGUGAAGGAAGACUCGUCGUGGAAGUCGAUCAGAAUAACCAGGCCGCUGCUCAUCUACUUCAAGGACAGGAGCCAGAGAUACUGCCGGAUCUACUCGGCGCAAUCUACGCUGGGAGAGCUGUGGAGGGCACACGCUGACGAGCUCUAA